GUCCGAGAAUAUCUGCCGCACUCUCUUGGAGUAACCACGGCCAAAAUGCUGCACACCCUCUGAUUCGUUGUCCUUCGGUGCCUCAACGGCGAGACUGUCGACUGGAUAGAAGGGUGAUGAUGGAAUGAGACCCCGUUUCGUGGUGGACCGGUGGCUUGAGAAUGAAGAUCUGCGCGAGCUGGCUCUGCUGGACUGGGGCUUCUGGGGAGAGUUGGGGCCUCUGGGAAGCACAGUCGAGGCACGAGCUCCGCGCGGAGUGUAUUCGUCACCAGGGGCCGAUGAUUCUGACGAAUCGUCUUCGUCGCUGUCGGCGUAAA